GCACUUGCAACCGGUGCUCAUUGCUUGCACGCUGAUCGCAGAAACGUUGGCGAGUGCGGGUUCGAAGGGAGGAGCAGCGAGGGGCUCUUCGCCGCUUCUUUCGUGUCUUCCUUGGACCUCGGCGCCGUGAAGCGCGGGGAAGCUCAUUGAUUGACGGGGAGCGGAGGCAGAAGUAGAGGGCAAUGGCGGGUCAGGUGGUUCUCUCGGCUGUGCUUCUGAUGAUCGUUCUUGCAGUUCAGGCAAGUGCGCAGGCUCCGCCGCAGGUGACYAUCAGCUAUGUCACCUACGCAGGCUCGGGCUGCAAUUAUGAGAACACCAACUACGUGCUGUCGAACGACUACAAGACGGUCACCUUCAUGUUCGGCGGGAUGGUUGCGACCACGGACGGGUCGCUCGCGGACAAGMGGAAGCACUGCCAGAUGUCUUUCAAUCUGGUCUACCCGGAUGGCUGGAGCUUCUCCAUCGGUCAGGCCACGGGCCGCGGGUUCGCUGACAUCGCCAAGGACUCCGCGGGCAUCUAUGAGUCACACUACUACUUCUCCGGACAAACAGGUACGGCAAGGAUCGAGCGCAAAAUUGAAGGCCCGAAGGUUGGCAGCUUCGAGUUCACGGACGACUUCCUGACGUUUGUCUGGAGCGAGUGCAACAACGCACCCAACUUGAACAUCAAGACGGUGGUGAGAGUCGAGGGCACGAAGGCUGUGAUGGCGCUCGACUCCCACGAUACCAAGUUCCAGCUCAUCUUCAACAUYCAAUGGAGGMAGUGUCCGCAGAACUGAGAACCCCAUUCACCAUCUCGCACUGAGGUUGGCAGGUCAGCGGGUGGAGUUGAAGACCGAAGGGGUGGGAGAGGAGGGUGGCGGAUUCGUCAGGGCUCACCCUCGGCGGAAUUUGAGGGAAAGAGGCUACGGUCGAUGCACUAGCGCUUUUUGAGAAGAUCCUGCCUACCAUUCUUCGGCACUCGUUUGAAGGGACAGCAUGGAGAGCAUGGAGAUGGCCGCGGGUUCGUAGCAGUAGUGAAGGACGAAAUAAAAUUUUCGGCGCUAG